AAAAUACUACUAGAAGCAUAACAUGUAUACUCAUGUGAUAUGUAUAAAUCUAUACCUUAUAGCCCUUGUCUAGCUCAAUUGCCUUGGAUUUUGAGGAUAAUGGUGAGCUAUCACGUGAUUACAUCGAUGUUUUUAUACUUGGCAAUUACGGCCCUGAAUUGUCCGGGCCCGAGCGUCGCCAAGCUGGUGGAGUUCCCAGAGGAACUUUCUGUUGCGACUCAACUUGAUAAAGCCAAUUCAACCACAAACAUUCAAUUGACCCUAUUAUAUCAAGAUGUUUGCACGCCAAGCCUUCAGGGCUGCUCAGCAGCCGCUAAAAUCACAAUACCGUCGUUAUGCCACCGAGCCGGUGCCAGGCGGUUCCUCGAACACACUGGUCUAUGCCGCCGUCGCAGCCGCGGCUGCUGGUGGAAGCUACUUCUACUUCAACCAAAAGGGAAGCGCAGACAAGAUCAAGGAGGGCUUACAGAAGGCCGAGGAGAAGGUUAGAGGACCAGCCAAGGACGCCCUGACUGGUGGUGACCAAGGAUGGGUCAGCUUGAGGCUAGCAAAGGUCGAGAACGUCAACCACAACACGAAGAAGUUCUUUUUCGAGCUGCCCGAUGAGGACGAUGUCAGCGGCUUAAAGGUAGCAUCUGCCAUCUUGACCAAGUAUAAGGGACCAGAGAUGGAGAAGCCGGUCAUCCGCCCAUACACUCCAGUUAGCGACGAAGAUGAGAGGGGCCACUUCACUCUCCUGGUUAAGAAAUACGCCAAUGGGCCAAUGUCCACCCACCUGCACGACAUGAAGCCCGACCAACGUCUUGACGUUAAGGGCCCCAUCCCAAAGUACCCCUGGACCGCCAACAAGCAUGACCACAUCGCGCUUGUAGCCGGAGGAACUGGUAUCACCCCCAUGUACCAGCUUACCCGCGCCAUCUUCAACAACCCCGAGGACAAGACCAAGGUGACCCUCGUCUACGGCAACGUGACCGAGGAGGACAUCCUGCUCAAGCGCGAGCUCGAGGAUCUCGAGAACACCUAUCCCCAACGUCUACGCGUCUUCUACACCCUCGACAACCCGCCCAAGGACGCACCCAACUUCCAGAAGGGAUUCAUCACCAAGGAGCUCCUCCAGACCGUGCUGCCGGAGCCAAAGUCCGAGAACAUCAAGGUCUUUGUCUGUGGACCACCGGGCAUGUACAAGGCUAUUUCGGGUGACAAGAAGAGCCCGAAGGACCAGGGAGAGCUGACUGGUAUUCUGAGCGAAUUGGGGUACAGCAAGGACCAGGUUUACAAGUUCUAAAUCUAGAAUAAAGCAGGCUAGACUGGGGCACGCAUAUGCGCUGCAUGGAAUGAUAGAUAGUAUGUACGUUUACUAGACCCACCGCGAUUAGAUGCAAUUGUACUUGUCC